CUUCUCCCGUGAGAAAGUGGGGCUUAGGCAAAGGCAUAGCAUUGUAUCUUUCUGGGUACUCUCUUUCUUCUUCUUCUUCUCCAACGGCAUGCGACUCUCACUUCCUCAGCUCUAUUUUCUUCUCGAUCCAUCCUCUCUGCAACUCCAUUUCUAGAUACAUAUCCAGAAUUUUGACCUCAUGGAUAUGGCUUCUAACCCUCGAACUGUGGAGGAAAUCUUCAAAGAUUACAGUGCUCGUAGGGCUGGUCUCGUUCGUGCUCUUACUAACGAUGUUGAUGAAUUUUACGCGCUUUGUGAUCCAGAGAAGGAGAACUUGUGUCUGUAUGGACAUCCAAAUGAAAGCUGGGAUGUGGCUCUGCCUGCGGAAGAAGUUCCACCAGAGCUUCCUGAGCCAGCUCUUGGUAUCAACUUUGCUAGAGACGGCAUGAACCGCAAGGACUGGCUUUCACUAGUAGCUGUUCAUAGUGACUCUUGGCUGCUUUCUGUGGCUUUUUACUUUGGAGCUCGUCUUAACCGCAAUGAAAGGAAGCGUCUGUUCAGUAUGAUCAAUGACCUCCCUACAGUCUUCGAAGUUGUAACAGAAAGGAAACCCGUCAAAGAAAAGCCUAGCAUUGAUAGCGGAAGCAAAUCUCGUGGCAACACAAAGAGAUCCAUUGAUGGUCAAGUGAAAAGCAAUCCUAAGCUUGCAGAUGAAAGUUUCGAGGAGGACGAAGACGAACACAGCGAAACCCUCUGCGGGAGCUGUGGUGGAAACUACAACGCAGACGAGUUUUGGAUCGGGUGCGACAUAUGCGAGAAGUGGUUCCAUGGGAAAUGUGUGAAGAUUACACCUGCCAAGGCUGAGAGCAUCAAGCAAUACAAAUGCCCAUCUUGCAGCAUGAAAAGAGGCAGGCAGUAGUUUAGUCAGGUAAAGACCAAUGAGGUAAAAACAAAAAACGACAAAAAAAAGCAGAGGUAAAAAAACAAUGUUUGUUUCAGAAGCUGACCAGAGUAGAUAGCUAAGCUGCCACUGUUUGAAGUUGGGGUACAGUAAUUUAAUGUUGUCUUUGUGAUGUUUGUUACCAUAGAUUCUCUUAAUGGGCUUGGCAGUGCUUUCCUCCCUCACCCAUUAAAUCUUUGAUUAUCUUAUAUGUAUAUCUAAAAUUCUUAAUUUGAUGGCGUAUAUGAAUAACAUACUCAUUACAAAGUCAUCUAUUAUUGUGGUUGAUUGCCAUGCCUAACAUUCGAGUAAAGUGUGUCACGUGCUUACACGUGCAUCGCCAUUGAUCUU